CUUUACGAUCCGGCUGGAGUAUCAGGGGUCAUCGCUGGAAGAACAAGUCACAAGGAGCACCACAAAAUGCCCGGCUUACAACAUGCGGGCGUCACAAAGGGCCUUAUGAUGCUCCUUGGAAUCACCACGAUAACAGCAUCGUUACUAGGCAUCAAGCCCUACUUACAUCUGCAAUUCGUCCCGCACAUGUCACAAUACCACCAAUAUUGGCGCAUUCUUACCCACCCACUCGCAUUCGCAAAUUCAGCAGAGCUGCUCAUGGGCGAACUGCUGCUGUACAAAGUCAGUACGCAUGUUGAAAGAGCGUAUGGGCCCCGGAAGUUUGCUUCCUUCAUCCUGGUCUCUUCGGCUGUCUCCACAUUACUCGCCUAUGCCACCAUCAUCAUUCUCCAUCCCUUCGGCAUACGGUCUGUACCAGGGGGGCCGUAUGGUAUCAUUUUCAGUCUACUAUGGCAGUACUACCGCAUUGUGCCCUCUCUAUACCAAUUCAAUCUAUUUGGCAUAAUGAUGUCCCAAAAGAUAUUCACCGCCAUUUUUGCUCUCCAGCUCGUUCUCUCUAAACCACCCUCUUCUACUCUCAUGUCUCUCUUAGGCCUCCUCACAGGUUACAUCUACCGCACCUCCACCCUCUUCCCUCUUCCUUCCUUCUCCCUCCGCCGCCGCCGCCUCCUCGUACGCUCCUCUCUCAAAGACUACCGCAUCUCUCAGCCGCUCUUUGACCUUUUGGCGCGGUACUUUGGUCCUCUAGUUGGAGAAUCGGCUGGGCCCAGAAAUGCAGAGAGGGUAUUGCCAGGGCAGGUGAAUGAGAGGGUACCGGGGAUUGAAGACCUCGCUGCUCGGGCAAAUACUGCUACAGCAAGAGGCGCUGAUCGCCGUUCCCUGCGCGCCAUGCUCGCCAGCCGGCUUCAAGCCGAACAACCUGCCGCCCCAGGUGACAAUUCUCUUCCCCCUACCGGGCGCACCGCCACAGCAGCUGAAGAAGAUACGAAUGGGGAGCCGGCGAGUACUACAGCAGCUAUGGGCGAGUGGGUCAGUGAGAUGACUGGGAGGAGUGGGGCGAGGGCGCCAACGGAGGAGGAGAUUGAGACUCUGAGAGGCAUGUUUCCAAAUAGUGGGAGGGAUGCGAUUGUCAGGGCUCUUCAAAGAAACGACAACAAUACUGCCCAAGCAGUGGAGGCUUUGUUAGAACAGGCAGACUGAAGGGACAGUAGGCAACUUCUUGAGCAUCGUGU